UGAUCACCAAGACAGAGCCCAGAGUCUCAGACCCCAAUCCAGCACAGAGGAGAGAGGUUAAUAGCACACUACCUGGAGGGCAUCAAACAUUAUCCUACAGAGACCUGAUACAAGUGACUUGCCAAAUUGACAUGGGCCUGGUUAACACAGUCAGUAGGUGCCACAGAUGGACGUCUUCUAAUGGACCUGAGCACAGAAUCUCUAAGAGAGUCAUCAUGCAUUUAAGUGUGGACACAUGGGUCACUACUCUUCUCUGUUGUACUCUCUACAUUGUGGCUUGUGUGAGUCGUGUAUCUGGAUUCACUUAUGGGGUCUGUGAGUUACAUGACCCAGAGCAGUUCGGAGGACGUACCAAAUUCUUCUGCUACGAAAAAGGUCUUUAUUAUGUGCCAAAAAACCUUCCACUUGACGUAACUGAUAUAGACAUUUCUCACAAUAAAAUAAAAGAAAUCAAGAGUGGCGACUUCCAAAAUCUUACAUAUUUGGAAACCUUAAACAUUUCCUACAACUUAAUCUCUUAUCUUGAGAAAGGAGCUUUCAGAGACUUGAUUUCCUUAACAGAAUUGCGCCUGAGCAGUAACCGUUUGACCAGAAUCACAAAAGAAUUCUUCCUUGGCUUGACCAAACUAAAAGUGCUCCUCCUCGACAAGAACAACAUUUCAACCAUUGAAAAUUCAUCAUUUUCUAUUUUCCACCAUCUAGAGUGUGUGAAGCUGUCUAACAAUAUGUUAAGAGAGAUGACAUCGAUGCAACCCAUCUUCAGAGUUCAAACUCUGACCGAAAUACAUAUUCCUUACAACAACAUCUCAAUUUUUCAGUCGACUGAUAUUUCAAAUUCAUCCCUCAGACUUCAAAUACUGAAUUUAGCUCACAAUCCUCUGAACAUUUUCAGGAUGAAUGAAGAUAUUUUCCCCUAUCUUAAUGCAGUUGAUCUAUCCUACUGUUUUACAAAUAGAAGUUUAAAAUGGGAAGUGCUGAAUAGGCCUACACGUUUCUUUAGGAAUGUUAAGAGACUUGAUAUGGCUGGUGUCGAUGUCUCAUUUGAGCGAUUCAACAUGAUACUGCAAACAUUUAAUAAUUCACUGACCGAGUUAACAUUGAGCGCUGUGCCUCUUGCAAAAUCCCUUAUAGGUUCAACUUGUCAUAUUCCAACACUUACAACACUUACUCUGAGGGAUAACAAAAUCAACAUCUUAAAAGGCACCGGGCUGGAGAAAUGUUUUCAAAUUAAGACUAUAGACCUAUACUAUAAUAGUCUAGCCGAUCUGGAAGAUGUCUUUGCAUCACUAAAGAAUCUUACUUCUUUACAACUAGGUUAUAACAAAUUUACAAAUCUUCCAAGUAUGUUACAUAAUCUAUCUUCACUGGAAAGCUUAAAUGUUGUAUUCAAUCGAAUUGAAAGAUUGGAUUGUUCAACCUUUAAAACUCUUCACAAACUGAAAACUCUCAGUUUGUAUGGAAACAGCAUUAAUGUGGUGAAAGACUGUGUAUUCCAAGACCUGAUCAAUCUAAAAGAACUGUACUUAGGAUCAAAUUGUAUUAAAUAUUUGAGAGGAGCUUUCAAAUAUGGUCCUGCAAAAUUGGAACAUCUAGAACUAAGCUCAAACUCAUUAGCCUCGCUUAAUACUGAUGACUUCAGAGGCUUAAAAUCCCUGAAGAAUUUGGUUUUAAAUGACAAUAAAAUUAAUUUAAUUGAUAACAAGGCUUUCGACAAAUUAAGUAGCUUGAAAGUGCUGAACUUGGAGUUUAACAAGAUAACAGAUGAAUCGCUCAGACCUUCUGUAUUUUCAGGACUGUCAAAGCUAUCAGAACUGUAUUUACAGAAUAAUCACAUAUUACAAGCUAAAAAAUUGCAUAAUCCUCCUUUUAAUAAUUUAAAAUCCCUUCAAGUGCUUUCAAUUUUAUCUCAGCGUCAUCAUAAGACACAGUCUUCCUUGCCUUAUAAUUUUCUACAAAAUUUGACAAAUUUGAGAGGUUUUUGGGCCCAAAAUGUUGGACUUAAAUAUUUGCCUCAUGAUGUAUUCAAAGAUAACACGCGGCUCACUGAAUUAGGCCUGAGUGGAAAUGACCUCACUAUUCUUUCACCUGAUAUAUUCCUGCCUCUGCAAAAACUCUAUAGGCUCUAUCUAAGCGAGACUCACCUGAAAACUUUAGAUUUUAUUAUACAAGCGAAUCUACAUCAUCUCUAUUAUUUGCAGGUCAGCAAUAACCAAAUUUCAUCAAUCAAUGACACAAUCAUCACAUCCCUUCCUGGGUUAAGGCUACUUGAUAUGAAAGGAAACACCUUCACCUGCGACUGUAGCAAUGCUUGGUUCAUAAAAUGGGUGGAGGAAGGAAACUUCACACAAGUACUUGCGGCUAAUACAUUCGAAUGUAACAGUCCUCCCGAUUUGAAGCAAACUAAAUUUCUGAGUGUAGAUGUACAUUCUUGUUCAGUAAACAUUGAGUUUUAUUGUUACAUAUCCAGCACUUGUCUUGUACUCCUGACCAUGAUCAUCUCUCUCAUGUAUAACUUCCUACGCUGGCAAAUAGUUUAUGGCUAUCAUCUCUUCUUGGCAUUUCUCUAUGAUAAUAAGAAGAACAGGUCUCACAAGCCAUUAGGUUUCCAGUAUGAUGCUUUUGUUUCCUACAACAAACAUGAUGAACUUUGGGUCACCAGUGAGUUGCUCCCCAAACUAGAGGGAGAACAGGGAUGGAAAUUAUGUCUGCACCACCGGGACUUCCAACCAGGGAAACCCAUCGUGGACAACAUCGUGGACGGCAUCUACAGCAGCCGCAAGACUAUCUGCAUCCUCAGCCAGCACUACCUGGAGAGUGAGUGGUGUUCCAGGGAAGUGCAGGUGGCCAGCUUCCGUUUGUUCGAUGAGAAAAAGGACGUUCUGAUCCUGGUGUUCCUGGAGGACAUUCCAGUCUACCGGCUGUCUCCGUACUACAGGAUGAGGGGCCUGGUGAAGAAACACACGUACCUCAGCUGGCCCAAAGCGGGACAGGACACUCGGAUCUUCUGGGAGAAACUAAGAGUUGCCCUUGGUACCAGAAGGGGUUCUGAGGAGGAGAAUACCCUCAGUGAUGUGCAGAAUUUCCUUUAAUCCUUAGCCAGUUAUGCUUUCAAACAUUCUGUGAAGAGAUUAUGCCAUAUGCCCAUGCUCAAGUUAGAGUUAGCCACACAAAUUUUUUGACAUUUUUGACAUUUAUAUCAUCAGUGUCCGUGAACUAACUGAAAGCAUUAGGAUUCGUUGGAAUUGGAAUAUUUUGUGAACUCGUUGGACUGAAGGGUUUCAUUUUCUAUUCAUUGAACAUUUAGUAUUAAUAUUAGCAUUAUCUGAUCGCUCAGUUUCUAAAGCUUGACACCAUAUUGAGUGGCAUAGCCUGUUUAUUAAGAGUGAGGGAUUAUCCGAUUAAUUACUUUGCUUGAAAGAAAUCUUGUUUCAUUGCAUUUUAUUAUUAUUUUAGUGAUUUUUACCAUUGCGAUAGUAAAAUAAAUCAACGCUUAUUUUCUACUU